CAGCACAUCGUGAAGAGUUUGCCGUUUGCUGCUCCGUCGCUGCCAGUCCCGUGCCUUGUGUCGUCCGAGUCGACCCGUCCAGCGCAAGUUGCCACCGCGCCAACUCCCUAACCACCGAGCAGACAGACCGCCCGGUCAGUCAGCGGGGGAACCUGGGCACCACGAUCCCUUGCAACGAGCCCUCCCCACUAUCCGCAUACUCCAGCUUGUCUGCGCUGUCAGUGUCGCCUACCCGUCCGCCACCGCCUAUAGACCUUGACAUACACCUUCGACGGCACCGCACUCCUGCUCUCACCAAUGCCCGCAUAGAGCUCGCCGCCCUCUCCGUGCCGCGAUGUCUCUCGACAGCUCCUCGGCCCUGGUCGACAUCAUCUCGAACCUCGCCAAGCAGCACGAUCCUGUAGUCGAUGUCUCGUUCCCCGGCCAGAUAGCCGUCAACGGCUCCAAGUCAGGCAUCUCGCUGCCCGGUCCUGACUCUGCCGACAAAGGCGCCCUCGAGCGCGAGCUCACCGCGCUCGCCGCCCGCAUCCAGUACCUGGAAGCCAAGGCCUCGACGGUCAACAACCGCAACUUUCCCAUAACCCCUGGCGAGCCCACCACAUCGCCCUUCCUGAGCGAAGGGCCGACGCCGACAUCUUGGAAUACAGGGCCUAUAGCACGUCGGAUAUCUGGCUCGCUCAAGGAGCAAAGAGCCAACUGGGUAACCAACUGGCUGUCGGCGAGGGAGUCGAGCAAUGGCGAGUCGCAGACGCCCACGGCAGCGCUCACCGAGGAGCAGCUCGGUUACCUCCGGGACCACCUCAACAAGCAGGCCGACCAGAUUAAGAACCAGCGCGAGCACAUCGACAACCUCAGCCAAGAGGUGAACAAGCAGCUGAAGAACCAGGACAUUGCAUUUGGACAUGGAAUCGAAGACAUUGGCGCUCUCAAGCGGGAGCUAGGCAAGCACCAGCAAGCCAAUCUCGCUUUCCAGAAGGCUCUCCGAGAAAUUGGUAACAUCGUCACGGCCGUCGCCAAUGGCGACUUGAGUAAAAAGGUUUUGAUACACGCCAAGGAAAUGGACCCUGAAAUUACUACCUUCAAACGCACUAUCAACAAAAUGGUGGAUCAGCUCCAAGACUUCGCCAGCCAAGUUACGUUCCUCGCCAAAGAAGUCGGUACCGAAGGCCGUCUUGGUGGGCAGGCCAAUCUCCCAGGUGUGGAUGGUAUCUGGGCUGAAUUGACUGACAGCGUGAACGUCAUGGCGAAAAAUCUGACCGAGCAAGUGCGCGAGAUCGCGGUCGUAACUACCGCUGUGGCUCACGGAGAUCUGAGCCGCAAGAUUGAAAGGCCGGCACGCGGCGAGAUUCUACAACUCCAACAAACGAUAAAUACCAUGGUGGACCAACUACGAUCUUUCGCGACAGAAGUGACAAGAGUAGCCCGCGACGUCGGAACUGAGGGUGUUCUGGGUGGCCAAGCACAAAUCGAGGGUGUGAAGGGCAUGUGGAACGAUCUGACCGUGAACGUGAACGCCAUGGCGUCCAAUCUGACCACGCAAGUGCGAGACAUUGCUCAGGUUACUACGGCUGUCGCGCAAGGAAAUCUAACACGAAAAGUAGAAGCAGAGUGCAAAGGUGAGAUCCUAGAACUCAAGAAAACAAUCAACUCUAUGGUCGAUCAACUUCAACAAUUCGCCCACGAAGUCACGAAAAUCGCCCGCGAGGUCGGUUCGGAAGGUCGACUUGGUGGGCAAGCUACAGUGCAUGGAGUUGAAGGCACUUGGAAAGAUUUGACGGAGAACGUCAACGGUAUGGCCAUGAAUCUUACCACCCAAGUGCGAGAGAUUGCCGAAGUCACAACAGCCGUAGCAAGGGGCGAUCUGAGUAAGAAAGUCAAGGCAGAAGUCCAAGGAGAGAUUCUGUCACUGAAGAUUACAAUCAAUACCAUGGUGGACCGCCUCAACACCUUUGCCCAAGAAGUCAGCAAAGUCGCGCGAGAAGUAGGCACUGAUGGCAAUCUUGGAGGCCAAGCACAAGUCGAGAACGUUGAAGGCAAGUGGAAAGAUUUGACUGACAAUGUCAACACUAUGGCGCAAAAUCUUACACUUCAGGUGCGGAGUAUCUCUGAGGUCACACAAGCUAUCGCCAAGGGCGACAUGACACGACGAGUUCACGUGGACGCAGAAGGAGAAAUUCGACUUUUGAAAGACACGAUCAACGACAUGGUUACCCGUCUGGAUGAUUGGUCGCUUGCCGUAAAGCGUGUGGCUCGAGACGUGGGUGUGGAUGGAAAGAUGGGUGGACAAGCCGAUGUACGAGACAUCGACGGCCGUUGGAAAGAGAUCACGACCGACGUCAACACCAUGGCCCAGAAUCUUACCUCCCAGGUUCGCGCUUUUGGCGACAUCACCAAUGCCGCUAUGGAGGGUAAAUUCACCCAGAUCACCGUGGAAGCCUCUGGAGAAAUGGACGAGCUCAAGAGGAAGAUCAACCAGAUGGUGUCCAGUCUGCGCGAAAGUAUACAAAGGAACACCGCCGCAAGAGAGGCUGCCGAAUUGGCCAAUAAGACGAAAUCCGAGUUCCUCGCCAACAUGAGUCACGAGAUUCGAACGCCCAUGAAUGGUAUCAUUGGCAUGACACAACUUACCUUGGAUACCGACCUCACACACUCGCAACGGGAGAUGCUUACCAUCGUACACAACCUUGCAGGCCAGCUCCUCACCAUCAUUGACGACAUCCUCGAUAUCAGCAAGAUCGAGGCUAACCGAAUGGUGAUGGAAGAAAUUCCGUUCUCAUUGCGUGGGACUAUUUUUAAUGCUCUGAAGUCUUUGGCUUCAAGAGCGAAUGAGCGGAAACUCAACCUCGCAUACGAAGUUGAUAGCACUGUUCCUGACUACGUCGUUGGAGACUCGUUCAGGUUGAGACAAAUCAUUCUGAAUCUCGUUGGAAACGCCAUCAAAUUCACCGAGACUGGCGAAGUCAAGGUUGCCAUCUCCAUGGCAUCGCAAGUUGCAUGCGGCGCUGACCAGUAUAUGUUCAUGUUUGCUGUAUCCGAUACAGGUAUUGGCAUUCGAGGAGACAAGCUUAAUCUCAUCUUCGACACUUUCCAGCAGGCCGAUGGAUCAACCACACGAAAGUUCGGCGGAACCGGUCUUGGAUUAUCCAUUUCCAAACGUCUCGUGACCCUCAUGGGUGGAGAUAUGUGGGUUACCUCUGACUAUGGCAAGGGCAGCACUUUCUUCUUUACUUGCAAGGUCCGCCUGGGAAGCUCAGAUCUGAGUGCCAUACAGCCUCAGCUCAACCCCUACAGCAAGCACACUGUCCUUUUUGUUGACCAAGGCAACACUGGAUGUGGAGAUGAGGUAGUUAGUCACCUGAAGGCCUUGAAUCUCGUCCCGCAUGUCGUCAACAGGGCCGAAGAUGUUCCCAUGAUGGACAUGAAGACGCCAUCCGGUGUGGCUUAUGACUGCGUUAUUGUUGACUGCGACGUUACUGCAAGGCAGCUACGUGCGGCUGAAAGAUUCAAGUACAUCCCUCUAGUGAUGGUAACACCUCGCGUAUCGAUAAGUCUGAAAUCGGCACUAGAAGAUGGAAUUUCCAGCUACAUGACAACCCCUUGUCUGCCAAUCGAUCUAGGCAAUGCGCUUAUUCCAGCUCUGGACGGCCGAGCUGCGCCAUCGAUAUCCGACCACUCGAAGUCGUUCAACAUUCUGCUGGCGGAAGACAAUGCUGUCAAUCAGCGGUUGGCUGUGAAGAUUUUGGAGAAGUACCAUCACACCGUUACUGUGGCAAACAAUGGCUUGGAAGCGUUGCUGCAUAUUCAAAAGAAACGAUAUGAUGUCGUUUUGAUGGACGUGCAGAUGCCUGUAAUGGGUGGAUUUGAAGCAACCGCCAAGAUUAGAGAUUGGGAACGUGAAAGCGGUCUUUCCCCAACUCCAGUCAUCGCCUUGACUGCACACGCUAUGGUUGGCGAUCGCGAGAAGUGCCUUGCGGCACAGAUGGACGACUACCUCUCGAAACCACUGAAACAGAACCAGCUUAUCCAAACCAUUCUCCGAUGUGCGACGCUUGGCGGUGCUCUGCUGGAGCAACAACACAACGCCAUCCAGAACAGAAAUGCGAUGGACCACAUGGGCCCAGAGGUCAAUAUAAGUCCGAGCACACCGGGUGCAUCGACCGGAAACACCCCGCGUCGACCGCAGCUCGAACCGAGGGGCUUCACGGAGCGAGGUGCUCAGGCAGAAAGCCCAUCUUUACUGGCAGCGGACCAGCAGGACCCUGUUGACAGGCUGUUACUGCGCUCCCAUAGCAGUUAGUCCAGUUGCCGACGAAUGGGGCCGCAUGUCGUGAAGAGAGCGAGAGCCGGAGAGAAACGUCGCAAGAUGUCGCUGUUCUUGGUCGCGCGGAUACCCACAGACCGAAAUCUUGAUGCCUGACACACUGGCAUCAAAUAAGGGGCAU